ACAAUGCUGUCGAAUGCGGGGUCUGAGUAGCAAGCCAGCGCCCGCCUGUGUGCAAGCGUCUCGAACCCGCAAAAGGCAAAAAACUGGUCACACACAGACGCCACCAGCCUUAGAGUGACCUGCUAAAAGUCUCCCAAUCGCCUAUAAAGCCAGUGCCAGGUGCCCACGCCCACACUCUCUUCUUUCCUCCUUUCCCUUCAGACACCUGGAAGGCCACCUACCACUGCCUAUGACCCCAAGGUCAUUACGCGAUACCUACCCAGGACUUCGUCGCCACUCACCUGGUGAAAAAACGUGCAUUGUUAGGCUUCACAAGAUAAGUACUUGUGUCAGGCUCAUUCUUUCACAAGGCAAGCGCCUUACUUCUCAAGCUCUCAACUCGUUCCGAAAGGCAUUGGCGGACCCCGUAGGGGACCGGUCUCCUGUUGCCUCUCCUGUGGCAAUUAUUAUGGCCAGACGCCGCUGUCGUGGGCUGCACAGAACGGGCACGAGGCGGUACUCAAUCUACUCAAAUCAAUAUGCCUUGAGGGACUUUGUUCCGAAAGGUUCUUCCUUCCGUGCUCUCCUCCAGGUCCAAAAAUUAAGCUCGGGCCAUGAAGUGGUCCGUGCGGGAUGCCUGCACCAUGCCUGCACCACAACCGCUUCACCACGAUCCCCGCGCCACCUUGGCUUCGCCACGAUAGAAAGCCACCUCAGCCAUAGCAACAAGCCACGGCCCGAUUUCGUUCGACACUGGUGCCGGGUCUUGCACGACCACCACGAACGAUUUCAUGCGCUACGGAGUUAUCAAUGGUGUUUCCGAUACCGGUUUCUUGCUAACGUGGGUUUGCUGAGCAAGUUUGCGGGUGUUUUUGUAAUCACGACCUCCACAACAGGAUCUGGCAAUACGAGAGAUGACCGCCAACGCGCUCGGAACCGGCCCGACGAGACCCUGAAGCCACGCGUCCACGAAGCGAGCCGAGUGGGGUCGUUCUUGACGAGACGACCCUACAAGCUCUCCGAGAAACCCCACAGGAGCCGGUCAGAGUCCCGUUUGACGAGAUCCAGCGCACGUUGAGGGACCUGGACCGUCAGGAUGGCCAAGCUGGCGUCGAGGCUUUCGAACCAAGGGU